AUGACGGCAACCAAGAUAGACGGCACGGCCACGGCCAAGUCUAUCAGGGAGAGGUUGGCGAAAGACAUUGCUGAGAAGCAAGCGAAGAAUCCUCGCUACAAGCCCUCGCUCGUCAUCAUUCAGGUUGGGGGGCGUUCCGACAGCAGCACCUAUGUGAAGAUGAAGCUCAAGGCGGCCGAGGAGGCGAACAUCGAAUGCAAGCUUGAGCAUUACGACGAAUCCAUCAACAACUAUGAACUCCUACGCAAGAUCGAGCUUUUCAACAAUGACCCUAGCGUCCACGGCAUCCUGGUCCAGCUGCCAUUGCCAUCCCACAUCAACGAGUACGAAGUCACGAGCGCAGUGGCGGAUGAGAAAGACGUUGAUGGAUUUGGAGGGCCCAAUAUCGGCGAGCUGGCAAAGAAGGGUGGCAAGCCGUUGUUCGUGCCAUGCACACCACAAGGUGUCAUGGUGCUGCUGAAAGAGGCUGGUGUGGAUCUGAAGGGAAAGAAUGCUGUCGUCCUUGGACGAAGCGACAUCGUGGGUGCACCCGUCAGCUACCUGCUGAAGAAUGCCGAUGCUACAGUUACGGUGUGCCAUUCCAAGACACAGGAUCUUCCUGGGGUCAUCAAGAAUGCCGAUGUCCUCGUUGCUGCCAUUGGCAAGCCUCAAUUUGUCAAAGGCGACUGGAUCAAGGAAGGUGCUGUCGUGAUCGAUGUGGGCACGAACUUCAUUCCGGACGAGUCGAAGAAGUCUGGACAGCGACUGAUUGGUGAUGUGGACUACGAUGCUGCAGUCAAGGUUGCAGGUCAGAUUACACCUGUGCCUGGAGGCGUUGGACCGAUGACCGUGGCAAUGCUCAUGCAGAAUGUGGUCAAUUCCGCAGAUGCAGAGCGUGAGCGGCAAAAGACUCGCAAGGUCGUGCCAUUGCCGCUGGAGCUCAAGACGCCAAUUCCAUCUGACAUUGCUAUCUCUCGGGCUCAGCAUCCCAAGCAUGUCAGCAAGUUGGCGGCUGAGGUGGGAAUCGCGCCUCAUGAGCUUGAGCCUUACGGGGCGUACAAGGCGAAGGUGUCACUAGAGACACUGACGAGGCUCCAACACCGCCGCAAUGGUCGCUACAUUCUUGUGGCCGGCAUCACGCCAACACCACUCGGCGAGGGCAAGAGCACUACUACUAUUGGUCUUUCGCAGGCAUUGGCCGGACAGCUUGGUCGUGUUGCCUUUGCCAACGUUCGGCAGCCGUCUCAAGGUCCAACGUUCGGUAUCAAGGGUGGUGCAGCAGGUGGUGGCUACAGCCAAGUCAUUCCCAUGGACGAGUUUAACUUGCAUUUGACGGGCGAUAUCCAUGCCAUUACUGCAGCCAACAACCUUCUCGCCGCUGCCAUUGACACCAGGAUGUACCACGAGGCUACGCAGAAGGAUGGACCGCUCUUCCGACGUCUGGUGCCAGAGAAGAAGGGCAAGCGGGAGUUUGUGCCUGUCAUGUUCAAGCGCCUCAAGAAGCUCGGAAUCGACAAGACCGAUCCGAACGAGCUCACAGAGGACGAGCAGCGAAGGUUCGCAAGACUGGACUUUGAUCGCGAAACCAUCACCUGGCGCCGGGUGCUGGAUGUCAACGACCGCCAUCUCCGUGGCAUCACUGUCGGUCAAGCACCGACCGAAAACAAGGUCGAGCCAAGGCAGACAGCUUUCGACAUCUCUGUGGCGUCGGAGUGCAUGGCUGUUCUGGCCUUGUCGACAUCGCUAGCAGACAUGCGUGACCGUCUCGGCAGGAUGGUGGUUGCGAGCAGCAAGGAUGGUGACCCCAUUACCGCUGAUGACAUCGGCGCUGGAGGAGCUCUUACCGCCUUGAUGAAGGAUGCUAUCAAGCCAAAUCUGAUGCAGACCCUGGAAGGUACUCCAGUGUUCGUACAUGCUGGACCAUUCGCCAACAUCUCGAUCGGCAACAGCAGUGUCAUUGCAGACAGAGUCGCACUCAAGCUUGCUGGCACCGAGCCUGAAGAAGAGGCUGAACGUAAUGAGAAGGUCGGCUUCGUCAUCACCGAGGCUGGCUUCGACUUCACCAUGGGUGGCGAGCGCUUCAUGAACAUCAAGUGUCGCAACUCGGGUCUUGUGCCAGACGUGGCUGUCAUUGUCGCGACCGUUCGCGCACUCAAGGUGCACGGCGGCGGUCCCGAGAUCAAGCCUGGCGAGCAGCUAGCUGAGGUCUACCGCACAGAGAAUGUGGAGACUCUUCGCAAGGGGUGUGUCAACUUAGCGAAGCACAUUCAGAACGCUAGGUCGUUCGGCGUCAACGUGGUGGUAGCUAUCAACCGCUUCGAGACGGACACCGACGCAGAGGUUCAGGUCAUCCGCGAGGAGUCUCUCAAGGCCGGUGCCGAAGAUGCCAUCGCUGCCAACCAUUUCGCCGAAGGCGGCAAGGGUGCUGUCGAUCUCGCGAAGGGUGUCAUCACUGCUUCGGAGAGAUCGAAGCCAGAAGAGUUCAAGCUCCUGUACGGCGACGAGGGCUCCGUACAGGCAAACAUCGAAGCCAUUGCGAUGAAGAUGUACGGCGCCGACAAAGUCGAGUUUUCUGAGACGGCGCAGAAGAAGGUCGACACCUACACGAAGCAAGGCUUUGGCUCCUUGCCAAUCUGUAUCGCGAAGACCCAAUACUCGCUUUCCCACGAUGCUUCUCUCAAAGGCGCACCAACCGGCUUCACCGUGCCCAUUCGGGAUGUCAGGAUGGCUGCUGGCGCCGGGUACUUGUACGCUUUGGCAGCAGAUAUUCAGACGAUUCCCGGUCUGCCUACCGCGCCUGGAUAUUUGAACGUGGAGGUGGAUGGAGAGACGGGCGAGAUUGACGGGCUGUUCUAG